AUGUCAUCCGAUUCGUCGAGCUCUACAUCCGAUGGUGUUCUUGACGAUAUGAUUAUCGCAAUUACGCAGGAGACAAUUAAUUAUUUGCGAGAAGAAGCCCAAUCCUCUACAUCGCGUAACAGACAACCAGCUCUUGAACGAGAUCGGUUAGGUGCUCAUGAACGUCUAAUGCAAGAUUACUUUUGUGAAAAUCCGCUGUACGAUGAUGUCCAGUUUAGGCGUAGGUUUUGUAUGAGCCGUCAUUUCUUCCUUAAAAUUUCUAAUGAUCUUGAGGGCGAAUUCCCUUUUUUCACACAAAGAGAAAGUGCUAGUCACAAAGUUGGUUUCUCUGGAAUACAAAAGUGUACAACAGCAAUUAGGCAACUAGCGUACGACACAACAAGUGAUGCGUGGGAUGAAUAUUUAAGGAUGUCGUCAAGAAUGUGUCGUGAUUCUCUUGAAAAUUUCUAUGAAGGUGUUAUCUUUCUGUACGGGAGACGAUAUUUGAGGAUGCUAACCGCUACCGACGUUCUGCUUUUAUACGAGGCCCAUCAACGGAUACACGGGUUUCCUAGGAUGUUGGGUAGUCUUGAUUGCACGCACUGGGAUUGGGCGGUGUAA